UUUCCGGAAGUAGUAUUUUUGUAAGAGUGUUGCUAUGAAAUACAAUAAUGGCGGAAAAUAUAUGACUGAUGGUCAACUCAAAUGGAAUAUAUGUGUAUUAAGUAUUGUGAUGGAAUUAUAAGAAUAUCGUUUUACCCAUCUCAAUAGUCCAAAAUGGCUAUGGAAAAACAAUAUGCUGUGCGGGAUACACACACUCGUUCUAUAACCGCAGUAGGAUAUAAUCCCGUCAGAAGAGAAAUCAUUUUAGGAUUUGAAGAUGGCGUUGUCAAGUCCUGGGAAGCAGAGACAGGCAGGCUUGUUCAAACUUUCUAUGAACAUAAAGGAUGGGUCACAGAUUUCCUCUUCUGGGCUGAUGCCAAAGUGAUGCUGUCGGCCGCUAAUGACGCGCAGAUUGUGGCCUGGGGCACAGGAGGAGGAGUGGUGGAUACCAUCAACAUGACGGUCCCAGUGUACUGCAUGGCAAUAAAUCCCCGGCGCCACCAGCUGGUGUGUGGGGUCAGUGGAGGUGUCAAAGUGUACACCCUCGAUGAAGAUAAGGAGUGUGGCCAUUAUGUUAACAACAAGCUGCUCCAUUUUGCUCAACAACAUACCGAUAUAGUUCGGAGCAUUAUUUGUCAUGAGUCCAGGAUAUUUUCUGCAGGCUAUGAUCAGCGUCUGGUGAUCUACGAUUCUUCCUACACCGGUGACUACAGUCUCACUCCUGUCUUCAACAAUAUUGUUCACGAUGCUGGCAUCGCUUGCCUUGUGCUUGCUAAAGACAAUGAAAAUAACUCAUGGCUUCUGACCGGUUCUUUUGACAAGAGUUUGAAGAUAUGGUCAAUCGAUGGAAAGCUCAUCCACAAGCUGGACACGUUUCUCUCGACUGUGAGUGGCAUAUGCUACGUGCCUCGGAAUAAGACGGUCUGGGCAGCCGGGGGAACGUUUUACGCCAGCAUGUUUGACCCAAAGUCUGGAGACAAUGUCUCUGACUUUAUUGGCACUUUUGCAACACAAGAGGAGGAAAAGUACCAUCUUCAGAUAUUGAAGUUUUUUCCAGAAUUGAAUCAAGUCGUUGCGUCCUCAAGCCGGCGACACCUCAUCGUUUGGAAGUACAACUCCUCUGGCUGUGUCACAACACUCACGUGUAAAUCUCCCAUGGAGAGUUUGUGUUACACUUCCAAGGUGCCCAUUUUGAUCUUCAGCGGCGACCACAACGGUGCUAUCAUCAAGUGGGAACGGAUGCAGUCCAAUCAUUUCAUGUACAGCAAAGAGAUGUUUACCUUGAGUGACUCAAAGCUGAAGAAGAAAAGACGGGCAGGCAGCAAGGCGAGAGAGUUGAUGUUGGAGCAAGAGUACAGCGCCCAGAGCAGCAGACGCGAGCUCUCAUCAGCUGGUAGCUCCAAGAAGAUACAAAGCCAUUACGCCUUCAACAAGCCGAUGAUUCCUCCGUCGUCAGUGGAUGGGGAUAUGUGUGGGGGUUUGAUGAAGCGGCUGUGCAGGUUCUGCAGAACAUGAAGCCUCAAGAUCUGGAGGUGCUCACCUACAAGUAUGCUGUGUUGCUCGACCCUGACUCCGGGCUGUUACCCAAGAACAGCAAUCAGACGGUGGGCAAUGAUUCGGUGACCAAUCGCGUGGCUGGCUUUGUGCUCAAGUUUGUCCUGUCGGAGCAUCUCAGCUGUGUGACCAGCCUGGUGGCAGUGGGCCGAGAGCACGGCGUGGACGGCACCUUUGUGCUCAGCGGGGGCUGGGAUCGACGGCUGUGUCUCUGGGACUUGGAGGCUGGACAAUUGAAAGACACCUUCAAAAUGGACCCCAACUCAACGUCGUUUCUCAAUGAGCUUGCCUGUGAUGAAAUAACAACGGACAUGGCUUUCAGCCCGAAGACUAUGGAGUUUGCCUACUCGUCCGCUGACAAAAUGGUGUACAUCCGAAAGUUUUCCACGACGGGCUGUAAAAUGACCUUGUCGAAUACUCUUCAAGGUCACGAGGCUGAAGUCACGUGUGUCAGAUGGAACCACAUUUGCAACAAAUGGGUCACUGGAUCGGAAGAUGGCACUAUCAGAAUAUGGUCCAGCCAUGGCAUGAACGAGUGUGAGCAGGUGCUGACGACCCAGGGCGGGGUCACCUGUAUCUGUAUUGACAACGUGCACGGCAGCAUUGUGGCCGGAGUUCAGAGGAACAUCAAAGUUUAUGAUGCAGAGAUGUACAGACUGGUACAGAGCAACGUUGGCCACACAGACUCAGUGAGGAGCAUCAUUCACAUCCCAGAGAGAAAUCAGUAUGUGUCGUGUGCGUGGGAUGAAACAAUCCGAGUUUGGAAUGCCUGGAAAAUGCCCCGGCGGAGGAGACAAGCUACGGGGAAAGACAAAGAGAAACGGCGCGCGUCUCAUCAUCACCAUCGGAAACAGUCCAUGGCAGCGGACGAUUCUGCGAAGAAAGAUGGAGGAAAAGACGGCUCUGACAAGGUGAUUCAUGAAACUAUCGAAGAAGACGAUGAAGGGAAGAAAACCAAACCAGCCAGUAGUAGCACAAAUACUGAAGCGUAAAGUCUCAGUGUGUGUACUUCUGUGAUGAUUUCAACUGUUCUUGUAUCUGUCACUUGUCAUGCUGUCUUUUUUUGUUGUUGCUCAUUCCUACUUCACUGGAAGCAUGAUUAGAGAAAUGGAUAUAUUCAGGAAUUCCACCUUUUUAUUUCGAGUAAAUUUCUUAUUUGAGUUUGAGUGGCAGAAAGUUAACUCUAUCCGUACGCCCUGGGGUCAUUUUGUACCCACAGGGUUGUA